UGAUCUCUUGCUAUAAAUAGAGCUUUGGUUUUGCUUACGUUUUGCUCCCGUUUUGCUCUGGUUCAACUGCUUCUCUUCUCUCCAUUGGAGGACCUUCUAGGGUUUCAAACCCAGGGAUUGAGGCCUUUUUCCUUCUCUUUAAUUGUGUUUGAUGCAGUUACUAGUUAUUUCUUGCUUUCGUGGGUGGUCUUAUUCGAUUGUAUAAUUUUGGCCUGGAGAAGAUGUAGAAGUUGAUCUCUGGUAGAAUCAUAGGCAGGUAGUUGUUGAAGCAAUGUUAGAUGGAAUAGAUGAGGAUUACUACAACUUCACAGACAAAUCACUGUAUGAGAAAGAACCGUUGAAGCGGUGCGUCACUGAUGCAGAGCUGCCAUCAAUGGCAAACGGUUGUUUUGACUGCAACAUCUGCUUGGACUUCGCAGCAGACCCGGUGGUCACACUCUGUGGUCAUCUCUAUUGCUGGCCUUGCAUGCACAAGUGGCUGCGGAUCAAAAGCACAUCUCCUUGCAGAUGCCCUGUCUGCAAGGCAGUCCUCUCCAUUGAUUCAUUGGUGCCGCUUUAUGGCCAGGGCUUCACCAAGAAGGGCUCCAACCAGAGUCUGGAUGAUGUCCCUCAAAGACCGCAGUUAAUAAGCCAACAACAACCAUCAAGGCAAGGAGUGCAGUCCCAACAUCACUAUCACUAUGAAAACUACCUUGAUUAUUAUGAUGGCAAUAUGAAUGAUAGUUACGUGUCACCAUAUUGGCCAACAGAAACAAGAAUAUUCCGUUCAACAGCCGGGGGAGUUCUUGAGGGAAUAGCAGUUGCUGUGCUUCCCUGGAUGUUCCGAAAUCAUGAGAGAGUGUACAACACUAGAUCACAUCUUGCCACUGCAAGUACUUACACAAGUAGACAGCAGAUGAGGCAGGAGAUGCAGGCACAGAAAUUGCUUAGCCAGAUUUGGUCAUUUCUUUUCUUCUGUUCCAUAUUGUGUCUCCUCUUGUUCUGAUUAGCUGAUUAGCUACUCUUUUCCAGGAUUCUGUAUUGCAUCUCCAUGCACUUGUGAAAAAGAAUGUUGCUCAGUAGUGUUGUGUUUCUUACCCCUUUCAUUGUGUGAUUGGCUAAGUUUGUAAGGUGUGUACCAUGAAUGUAAGAAGUUGAACUGUUCUAAUGAAAAUAAGUUCAUGUAUUCAAGGAAUGAGGAGUUUAGCAA